AUGCGCUCGACUGGGGCGGGGGGCGGCGAUCUGCACUCCCGGGCGGCCCCUGUCCGGCUGGGCGACCUUGGGGGAGACAACUCCGUCUCUGGACGAAGGUGCGGAGCAUGUCCACUGCCCGUGCGUCUUCCUGCCUUUGUUCCUGCCGGCCUUUGCCAAGUAGGCCUAAGUUGGCUUCUCCGGACUGAUAGGGGAAUGCUGUCCUUGCUCCUCUGCGUCGUGUCCAUCGCUCUUCCGCGCUUUAUCAGAGCAGAUGCUUGCGAGGACUUGACUCUGCAAGAGAUGGCAUCAGUAGACCAGCCUACAGCUUUUAAUUGCAUCUACUCUCUGCCAACAUCGGGGAAAGUAGAUGCAACAUGGUAUAAAUAUCCUAGCAAAAUCCCAAUAUCCAAAAACACACAGUCUAGAAUUUACCAGAACCAAAAUUGGAUUUUGUUUCUCCCAGUGAAAGGGGAGGACUCUGGGAUCUACCAGUGUCAUACAAAUGAUACGGACAUCUGUCCCAGAAUGCGAGUCAACCUCACUGUGUUUGAAAAAUAUUGGUGUGGUGCUUCCGGAAACAGUCAACUGAACGUGCCUCAUGAGUACAAGCAGAUUCUGCAGGUCGGAAGAGAUGACAUCCUUAUAUGUCAUCUCAACUUCCCAAACAAUUUUUAUUUGGAUUCAGUAAAGUGGUAUAAGGACUGUAUAGAGAUAGAAGGAGAACGGUUUGUUUCUCGGGGAAAAAAGCUCUUAGUGAAGAAUGUCUCGGUGGAGGACAGAGGGAACUAUGAAUGUCAAGCCAGCCUCACACAUGCAAAGAAACAACACACUGUUUUCAACAGCAUCUCUGUGACUGUCACAGAAAAAGUGGGGAGUGGAGGAAGAAUCCCUAAGAUCAUUUAUCCAAAAAACAAUUCAAUUGAAGUAAAACUUGGCUCCAUGCUCAUUGUCAACUGCAACAUAACAGACACGCGGGACAACACAAACCCACGCUGCUGGAGGGUCAACAAUACCCUGGUCAAUGACUACUAUGGGGAAUCCAAGCGCAUUCAGGAAGGAAUUGAAAACUACACUAUUUUCCCAGAACAUAUUUUUUACACAGUGAACAUAACCUUCUUAGAAGUGAAAAUGGAAGAUUAUGGCCACCCUUUCAUGUGCCACGCUGGGGUGUCUGCUGCUUUCUUCAUACUGAAGCUCCCAGUUCCAGAUUUUCAAGCUUACUUGAUAGGAGGGCUUCUCAUCUUGACUGGUGCAGUGGUGUCUGCCAUGUGUAUCUACAACAUUUUUAAGAUCGACAUUGUACUUUGGUAUCGAAGUUCCUUCCAUUCUGCAGGGCCCAUAGAAGAUGGGAAGCUGUACGAUGCUUAUGUUUUAUAUCCCAAGCCUCAGAGAGAAAGCCAGAGUCAUGAUGUGGACACGCUGGUGUUGAAAAUUCUUCCUGAGGUGCUGGAGAAGCAGUGUGGAUACAAGUUAUUCAUAUUUGGCAGGGAUGAGUUUCCGGGACAAGCUGUGGUCAAUGUCAUCGAUGAAAAUAUUAGGCUGUGCAGAAGACUGAUCAUCAUUAUUGAUCCCGAUGAGCUGAGCUUUGACCUAUUAAAGAACCUGUCAGAAGAACAAAUUGCGGUCUACAGUGCCCUCAUCCAGGACGGGAUAAAGGUCAUCCUGAUUGAACUGGGGAAGGUCAAGGACUACACUGCCUUGCCGGAGUCCAUUCAGUAUAUCAAACAGAAGCAUGGGGCUGUCCAGUGGAGUGGAGACUUCACAGAACAGUCCCAGUGCGCAAAGACCAAGUUCUGGAAAAAAGUGAGAUAUCACAUGCCUCCCAAGAGGUGGCCACCUUCUUGUCCAGCUGCUGAAGCACAUGCCCUUUGA